AUGACGUUCCAAUAUGGCGGUCGUAAAUUGCGAAAAAGGCGAUCAAUAUAUAUUUGGUUCGGUUUGAUUAUACUUGCUAUAUACUUUAUGAUUACACUCUACUCUACAUAUAACUUACUGGAGAGUACAAGUAGUAAGCCUGAAACAAAAGCGGAAAGAGUUCACAUACAAAAUUUUUCUAUCGAGAAACUGAAAAAAGUUGAAGUAUGGGGGAAGGCGGCAAUUGGAUUAUAUUUUUGGGAGCAUAUUAUGGAGGGAAGCUUACAACAACAAAAAGAUGAACUUGUUAGUUUAGGUGAAAAAACCAUUGACAAUAUCAAGUUUAUCUUUAGAACUGGGCCAGGAAUUAUUCCCCAGACUGUACCAGAAAAUUCUAAAAAUGUUGUUCUAAUAAUAAAUGGCAGAGCCCAAGAGAAAAUUAGGUUUGCUGAAAGGUGGUUAAAAUCUCUUCAAAAAUUUCAUAGCUUAAAGAAUGUUGCUGUUAUACUGUUAGGCAAUGAACAAUGUAACAACAAUUGGUUAUCACCAUAUAUGGUGAAACAUGGCGGACUUGUUAAUUUAGCAUAUAUUGUUUAUGACAUUCCAAAUCAAGGAGAUACAAUAUUACAAUGGCCUUUAGGGGUAGCUACGUAUAGGAAUUUUCCUAAUGUUAUUUUGAGUAAAGAUGAUAUUUCAAAUCAUAGGCCAUACGUGUGCAAUUUUCUCGGAACAGUAUAUCCCAACUCAUCACGAGAAACUCUGCAAAGGAUUUUUUAUAAGCAUAAACUUUAUACUAUUUGUUAUUUGAGACUCAGGGAAACAUGGCAGCCAAAUGAAAGCAAAGAAACUGCAGACGAAUAUUAUCAGGCUUUAUUACACAGUGAUUUGACCUUAGCCCCUGUUGGAAUAAACACUGAAUGUUAUCGCCUAUACGAGGCUUGUUCUUAUGGUUCUGUGCCAGUUGUUGAAGAUAUCAAAACACCAGGAAACUGCUCAGAUACACCUUUAAGACUUCUAAAACAACAUAAUGCACCUUUUAUUUAUCUAAAGUCAUGGACUGAGUUACCAGAGAUUCUGAACAAUGAAAAACUGUUGACCAAAGAACAGAAAAUUCAAAGGAGAGAAAAUGUAUUGCAAUGGUAUUGGAAAUUUCGUAGGAAACUUCAAAAAUCAUUUGUUGCUGAAAUUAAAAAGAGAUUUUAGUUCCUAGGUAUUUUUAUCAUGUAAUUUACAUAGUUAUUAUAGCAUGGAUUUCUGUACAAAAUCUAAUUGAAAUUAUUUAUUUCCUUGUUAAUAAAAUGUCGAAUGGCAAUAAUAUUAUUG